UUUUUUAUGAUUUUCUGGCCCAAAAACAGCGUCAUUAGGCGACAAAAAAUUAAAUGCAGUAUUCCGUAGUGCAACAAUUAUUUGAAUUUCAUCAACCAAAUGGCUCAAUACGGUUUAGCAUCGUACUGGGAUGAGCGUUACACUCGUGAUUCGGACUUUUUCGAUUGGUAUCAAAAAUGGGAAGAUCUUCGCUGUCACAUUUCUCCUUUUCUGGAAAAACCUCAUAAAAUUUUAAAUCUUGGAUGUGGUUUGUCAAGGAUGAGUGAGUCACUCUUCGAGGACGGCUACCAAAACCAAACUAAUAUUGAUAUAUCUAAAGCAGCUAUUGAGAAAAUGUCUAAGCAUUAUAAGGAGAAACCAUCGAUGGAGUUUCGAGUUAUGAAUGCGUUGGAUAUGUCAGCCUUUCCAUCAGAAACGUUUGAUACUGUAAUUGAUAAAGGAACGAUGGAUGCAAUUUUAUGUGGAGAGUCAAGCACAACCAAUGUAGCGCAAUUGUUAAAGGAAGUCAACCGUGUUUUAAAGUACAUUUGCAUAACAUAUGGACAACCGUCUUUUCGUUUACCAUAUUUUGAACGCGCCGAACUUGAGUGGGACGUACAACAUUUGUCUGUUCCGAAACCCGCGUUAAAGACAACUGGUAAAGAUAAGUGAAUGUUGUUAAAAUUUAAAUGAUUUUCAUGAACAAUAAUGUAUUUUGUAACUGUUUUGAAAGUAUU